AUGACAAACCAGUUUGGAGUAUCUCGCAGAAGGUUCUGGAAGUCCCCACCGACGGAUGAACUGAUUCUCAACACUGAUGCAGCAGUGAACAUUGAGGAAGGGGUGAUAUCCAUUGGAGCCGUAAUCCGGAACCAUCGUGGGGAGGUUAUGGGAUCGAUGGGCAAAGUCAUAAAUGGAAACUACUCCCCACUCACAGCGGAAAUGCUAGCCAUCAGAGAGGGACUGGAGUUUGCAGUAGAGAGUGGGUUGGGUGUCAACAUUGCAGAAACGGACUCCUUGCUUUCGGUCCAAACCAUCAACCUUCAUUUUCCGUUCUCCCCUGUGCUCAAUAUAGCUGAGGACUGCAGAAUCCUUUUAGCUCGGAUGGGGAACUGCCUGGUCCGACACGCUCCAAGACGAACUAAUCAGGUGGCUCAUGGACUAGCACUUCUGGCAAAACUUUCUAGGACUGAUUUUAUGUGUUGUGAAGAUGUACCAGAAUCCAUUGUGAAUCUGAUUCCUGGUGGGGAGGAUCAGAGAGUGGGAUCCCAAGUGUCUCGCACUACGUCUAUCUACCUGUUGUCAGGGAUUCCAUGUCUACAGUUGAAUUUGUGUACCCCGGUGGAUUUUGAUUUUUCUGAGCCAUUAUAUGGCAAAUCAGCGUUGAAUUGUGAAAGAAAAAAUUUGGGGGUUUGCGGUAUUGAGGUAAAACGGAGCAUUUUGGCGCCAAUUAAGGCAAUGGAGUCUUCCAAAACGACGUCGCCCAUCAAUGGUAAUGCGGGCAGUUUCCUGGAGACGCAGCAAUCGGGAUGCAAUUUCGGCGAUGAUGUGCUUACAAAUGAACGUGAUGAUUGUUCCGGUAAAAGUAUGCCCCAGAUGUCUACAAUUGGAAAUUCGACUAAUAUUGUUUGGCACAAGUGUGCUGUGGAGAAGAGUGACAGACAACAGCUGCUUGGACAAAAGGGUUGUGUCAUUUGGAUUACCGGACUCAGUGGUUCAGGAAAGAGCACUUUGGCAUGUGCUUUAAGCCGUGGCCUUCACGCUAGAGGAAAGCUCGCCUACAUACUUGAUGGUGAUAAUGUUCGGCAUGGCCUAAAUAGUGACCUUUGUUUUAAUGCUGAAGAUCGAGCAGAGAACAUCAGAAGGAUAGGAGAGGUGGCAAAGCUAUUUGCAGACUCUGGAGUUAUUUGUAUAGCAAGUUUGAUAUCACCUUACAGAAAGGAGCGUGAUGCCUGUCGUGCAUUACUUCCAGAAGGAGAUUUUAUUGAGGUAUUUAUGGAUGUGCCUCUGCAAGUGUGCGAGACGAGGGAUCCAAAGGGAUUGUACAAGCUUGCACGAGCUGGAAAAAUUAAAGGAAACCAUCUGCAGGCCAGUAUAUCCUUUUGCAAGGAUUUAUUUCAUGCAUCUGCUGUGCUUCUUUUUCUUCUUUUACUUCUAUUGAUACUAGUAUUAGGAAAUCAAAUGUGCAAAGAUUCUUGUUGCUUCAUUUUCACUGUGAAGAAGAAUGAUGCAGCUGCUGGUAACAGUACUAUAAGAAUCGGCACUGAACAUCUCUCCUGUUUUACAGGUGUCGAUGAUCCAUAUGAGCCGCCAUUGAAUUCUGAGAUAGUUUUACAUCAACAAGGAGGGGUGUGUGAUUCUCCAACAAAUUUGGCCGAAAUAGUGAUUUCAUACUUGGAAAGAAAAGGGUACCUGGAGGCUUAA